AUGACUGACACUUGCCGAAGCUGUAGUAUGACACUCCCGGGUCAGCUCAACGAAAGGCUAUCAGCCCCAAGCCUGGCUUCAUCGCCCUCAGGUGGGGCCAAAUCCCCUACCACUACCAAGGGUAACAAUCCGACUUUGCGAACGAAGGAAGUUAUCAUCUCUUCUGCACCGUUUCUUUCCAGCGAGGAUGAGGAUGAAAGCUCUGAAGGACAACCGCCGUCCUACAUUCGAAGGCGGAGGGCUACCAUUGAUCCGGAACAUCUGCCGGGUUCGCCAAAUGCACGAUCGUAUUUCAAUUCCACCCCAGCCUCUGAUGACGAGGCGACCGGUGGGAAAUCCUUGCUGGGCUCUUCUACACAUACCCACCACAUCACUUACCUUUCGACAAGAGCUCCUUCCGUACCCUCCCGGUACUCCACUCUCCGGCAGUCAUGCGUUCGGACUUUGUCUUGUGAAUUGAUCCCUGCCCAGACUGGACCCAUAAUGUUUGGUGAUCCACUAGCAGGUUACACGAUCGCCUACGUAUUCAGACUUGCAGAUUCCAAAGCUCGCGGUGAAAGACGAUCAUACGCGUUGGUCUGUAUCUGCCCUGACCAGAAGAUUGUCGUGAAAUCGUGGAAAUAUGUUGUUGCGGCCUUUGAAGCAUUAGUGCACCGCAUAAAACUGUUGGCAGCGAAAAAGGCCGCAGAAGAUGCGCAAGUCUCGCCGGCCCUGAGCAACUCAAUCUCGUCCAUCACCUCUCGGGGGCCAGAUGGGUUUCUACGGAGACGAAUUCCCGGAGAAGGCGGUAGUCAGAAGGGGUUAGCAGAGUUGGUUGGACGAGAGGAGUUGUUUGUUGAGGUCCACAUGUGCUUCGUCAAGUUGCUUGGAGGGUUGGUACGGCGGUAUGGAUGCUGGGCUGGGAGCGAGUUGGGCCUAAGUAUCGGCACCAGUGGUAACUUUGUGACUCCCGUUAUGGGCAGAAGCAGGGCGGGGAGCGUCAGCAGUUCAGUUGGCGAUGAGAAACCUGAGAAAAAAACUGUCACCAGCCAGACCGUUGUUGAAGGUAUCGAAAUGACCGGAGGCGAACGAGCAGCCAAUGGAGCUAAAGUAACAUUUCCGCCUACAACUGCAGGGCUCAGUGUCCACGACACUGUCACGCCACGAGCCGCUCCUUCGACACCACGAACACCUGCCGCAAAACGGGAGGAACCGACCCACCAGAGAAGUCGAAGCGCGAUUUUGAUUCAUUAA